UAAUAACACGAUUAUUACACUCUAUUGGAAUCAAUUGUUUGACGGACUAUUUUUUUUGUAUUUGGUCUAAAACAUGUUAGAGCUUGUCUGGACCGUCCCCCUCCCCCUUCAACAGUGUAAAUGGUGGUGGAUAGAUGUGUAUCCGGAAUAGGUUACUGAUUCUGAGGAAAAGAACUUCAGGUAAACUCAUACCUGAAGUAUUAUCGUAUUAUCCACAGAACGUAAAAGUCGGCUACAAAAGAGAAAAGAAAGAAAACUUUCACGAGGAAAGCAGCUGAUAUACAGUUCUUGUGAACACAGCUUGUGUUCAGUAAUGGUUCGACGUGUGGCAGUGGUUGGAGCGGGCAGUUCAGGUCUGGCCUGUAUCAAGAUCUGUGUUGAUGAGGGGCUGGAGCCUGUCUGCUUUGAAAGUAGUGAUGACAUUGGCGGCCUGUGGAGAUUUAAGGAGUCACCUGAACCAGAGCGAUCCAGCAUCUAUCGCUCCUUGGUGGUCAACACCUCAAAAGAGAUGAUGUGUUUCAGUGACUUUCCCAUGCCAGCUGACUAUCCAAACUACAUGCACAACUCUGAGCUCCUGCAGUACUUCAGGCUCUAUGCUGAGCACUUUCACUUGCUUAGAUACAUUAACUUUCAGACUACUGUGAGGAGUGUUACACAAAGACCGGAUUUCUCGCUGUCUGGUCAGUGGGACGUAGUGACCAUAAACAGGGAUGGAGAGGAAGAGAGGCACGUCUUUGAUGCAGUUCUGGUGUGUUCAGGUCACUACACCCAACCAGCCUUACCCCUGUCAGACUUUCCAGGAUAUGAGACAUUUUCUGGCAGAUGUUUUCACAGCUGGGAAUAUAAAGACGCAGAUGCCUGCCAAGGAAAGAGGGUGGUAGUGGUUGGCAUUGGCAACUCUGGGGGAGAUAUUGCUGUGGAGAUUAGUAGAUCUGCAAAGAAGACAUUUCUCAGCACACGAAAGGGGGCCUGGGUGAUUAGCAGGAUGUCUACCAGUGGUCUUCCUCUGGACAUGACAGCUAUCACAAGGGUCAACAACAUCCUCACACUGCUUCUUCCCAAGACCCUGGUCAACUGGGCAGCAGAAAGAGCACUGAACCACAAAUAUGACCACAGACUGUACGGCCUCAAGCCCAGUCACAGACUUUUGGACCGAAGGCCUUUGAUCAACGAUGAUCUCCCUGGCCGAAUCCUUCAGGGAGCGCUAGUGUUGAGGCCCAACCUGAGAGGGUUUAUGGAUUCAGGAGUUGUAUUUGAAGAUGGCACAGUGGAGGAGAACAUUGAUGCUGUGGUCUUCUGUACAGGUUAUAAGGCAACCUUCCCUUUCCUGCCUUCAGCUCUGUCUGAGGGGCCUCAUGGAGAGUUUACAUUGUACAAGAGACUGUUUCCUCCUUCUCUUCAACACCCCACACUGGCCAUCAUGGGACUUUUCCAAACAAAAGGACCAAUCAUGCCCAUAGUAGAAAUGCAGGCACGGUGGGCUGUUAAGGUCUUUUCAGGAGUGAGCUGUCUUCCAUCAGAGGAGAAAAUGCUGGAGGUCAUUGAGUCUGAGAGAAAGAGAAACAUGAAAAGCUAUCUCUGCCCACGACAGGCUGCUCUCCAAGUAGAUUACAUUUCCUACCUGGAUUUCAUGGCCAAGGAGGUAGGAGUUCGACCAAACCUCCUGAUACUACUUCUGAGAGAUCCUGUGCUCUGGGUGAAGAUCUUCUUUGGUCCCUGCACUCCAUAUCAGUAUCGUCUCACUGGACCUGGGCAAUGGGCUGGAGCCCGACAUGCUAUCCUCACACAGUGGACACGAGUAGCUCAGCCUUUCAGAACAAGGGAAGUACCAGAACCAGAGACCAGGCCGUCCAUCCUGUUAUCCCCCUGGCUGCUCACAUUUGGAGGAAGUGUGAUAAUGGUGGUGCUUCUGUAUAAAAAUAAGCUCAUUCCAGCGCUGCAGGGUGCAGCUCAGUUUCUGGACAGGAGCAUGAUUUUUAUUAGGGACACCUGGUUCACUGGUUAAAGCAACAUUAUAUAAUUAUUUUUGCCUUAAAAUGACAGCUGUGCAAUCAUUUUGAUGGUACUCUGAUUUUUUUAUGGGGAAAAUGGUAAAUGUAGCCUCUUUGAUUUCCACUGUGUGCCCUGAACACCUGUUCAUGCUCUGUGUAUCUUUGGUGAGCAGGUACGGUCUCCUGCUGACUGAUUGAUCAUCAGCUUAAACUGCCAGAAUCAGUCCCAGCAAUUUCAAGAGUAAUGCCAAACUGUAGAUCAGUCAAAAACAACGUUCACCUCCUGGUUUCCAGUGAGGAAAUGUCAAAAUUUCUAAGGCAGAGUUUGGCGUGUUUGUUAAAGGAGCAACACUUCCAGCUCAUGUUUCACUUCAGUGGGUGGAACUAUGCAGUCAGAGCUUCACUUAGCUAUUUGUUUUCUCUACAUGAAAACCACUUGGGAGCCCAACAGAAUUAAUUACCACUUGUGGCGGCAGAACCUACUGUUGCUCAGCAAAAUUACAUUUUGUUGCUUUGACCACAAGAACAUGGUGUAGAAUGUAUGAAUAUACAUUUAUAGAUCCACUCUAGUAAAUAGAUAUAUGUUUAAAUUAUCUAUUUUUAAAAAAAGGUCUGGAAACUGUACAAAGUCAUUUACUGUACUAUGCUUUAUAUGUAAUAAUGUGAGGUUAUAAAACUAUAAAGUGAUUUUGUGCUCCUCUGAAAGGUGUGUCAUUUGCAAUGGUCAGAUUAAAUUGCACAGUGUUCAAGUGUUUUACAACCAGUAA